UAACCCCAGCCGCGCAGAGCACCCUGUUCAGCUCAAGUCAGUCUCAACCCUCUUAAAUCUCAUCAGUCACCCCUUUUAUCAUUUAUCAUUUCCUCGAGCCUAACAAGCCUUCUGCGAGGCGUCUGUCCAUCCUGGUGAGUGCGACCUAGCAACCGGCUGGGUUCGAAGCGACGCAGUAACUCGAAACCUUGCCGUGAGCUUCCCCCCGAGGAGCCGACCGCGCCAAUCAUAAACCCAUAAACAAACAGUCCCCCAUCCCCCAUCGCACGGCGCAACACGAUCUUCAGACUCUUGAAUAAAGACACAUUGCUGACCUUGUGCUCUGUCGUGGUGGACAGCCAUUGAUCAGAUCCUCCAGCCUUAUCCCCCGCAUUCCCACUCCUGAAGCCGGACUCCGCAACUCCACAGAGUCAACAUGUCGGUGAAGUUCCAGGAAGAGACCGUCCGUCUGGCGACCCAGGCGCCCCAGCACCACAAGGAGCACCUGGCGCACAGAAUCGGCGAGCGUCUGACAGGCGGCAAUGCCCCCAACGGCUAUCUGGCGGCCUAUCUGCGCCAGCUGCAGUCGAACCCGCUGCGCACGAAGAUGAUCACUUCCGGUUUCCUGUCGGCUGUACAAGAACUACUCUCAUCAUGGAUCGCCCACGAUAUCAGCAAGCAUGGCCAUUACUUCAGCUCGCGCGUGCCUAAGAUGGCCCUCUACGGAUCUUUCAUCAGUGCGCCGUUGGGCCAUCUGCUCGUCGGCAUCCUACAGAAGAUCUUCGCUGGAAGGACCAGUCUGAAGGCCAAGAUCUUACAGAUUCUUGUCAGCAACUUGGUUAUCUCCCCCAUCCAAAACGUAGUCUAUCUCUCGUCGCUGGCCAUCAUUACGGGUGCCCGCACGAUUCACCAGGUUCGUGCCACUGUCAAGGCCGGUUUCAUGCCGGUCAUGAAGGUCAGCUGGUGCACUUCUCCGAUCGCUCUCGCCUUCGCGCAGAAGUUCCUGCCGGAACACGCCUGGGUGCCCUUCUUCAAUAUGAUCGGCUUCGUCAUCGGCACUUAUGUCAACACUCACACCAAGAAGAAGCGCCUGGAGGCUCUCAGAAAGCACUACGACCAGCGACGCGGUGGCCCCGAUUAUCCUCCUCCCCGCCGUGACCUGUAGAGGUUUCCUUCAAGAAUAUACUAGGACAGACCUCAGCUCGAGGGUCAGACAUGGACACUCUUACGUUUGCAAUGCGAAAAUCAGAUGCUAUUGCGAAAUAUCCAGAGCGAUUACUAACCUCACUGCCGUGUCCUUACAGCUAGUGAG